AUGCUGUUCUUUCUCAUUUCACUCAUAAAGAGCGCGACCGAAGAAGAUACUUGCUCAAACUACAAUAGCUCAUGCUUGCUUUGUAUGGAACACAAAGAAACAUGCUUUUAUUGCUUUGGGAAAACAGAAUCUGAAAAUAGAUGUAUUUCAUCGCUUGCUCUUAAUGAAACAACAUGUGACCACGUAACACGACAAACAGAUUUAAAGUGUAUUGAAACACUUGGUGGUGAUGCAAUACAAAUGAACCGAUAUAUAAUUGGUUCUGUUGUAAUUGCAGUUGCAAUUACAGUAGACCUUAUUGUUAGAUUUUGCUCAAGGGAAAAAGUUCGUGAUGAAUAUGCUCAUCUUUAA